AUGGAGGCCAACGCUCCUAACUUGAACGUUGAAGAGCUAGCGGCUUACGCCACCACUAAGAGCCAGGCAGGAGUCCCGGACGAAGAGAUCCUGCGUGAGAUCACGCAGAUGCUGAGAGAGGACGGAUGGAAGGAAGCAGCGAUUGGGCCAACGAUCGAAGCAGUCGUUAAGCGAUUAUCAGUCGUAGGGGGGAAGGGCUCACUAAGGCAGGAGGGCUCACCGAAAGCUAAUCAGAACGCCGUGGCCCAAGUAAUGGAGCAGAUGAUGCAGCUGCUUAGCCUAAUAGCUAGUCGCCUAGAGGCACUUGAGAGGAACCAAGCCGAAGGACGUUUGGAGUCAUCCCCAAGAGUCGACACUCCUCUACUACCGCUAACAACAGUCGCCAAGCUAGCAGCCCGCAAGAAUAAGUUUCCCGACCUAGAGCGUUUUAAUCAGACACGUGAUAACUACCUAGGUUGGAAAUUUGAGUGCGAAGGGAAGCUAGAGUACGACUACGCUAUGUUCCUAAUGGAGGACGCAAAGGUCUAA